GUACAGUCAUCAUCAUGCAGUCCCUUGUCGUCUUCCUCGGUCUUCUUGCCAGCGCCUUCGCUGGAAACGUCGGCUAUGGUGGUUUCGCCGCUGCUCCAGUCGUCAGCCACGCUGCCGUCGCUGCCCCAGCUGUUUCCUACGCUCGCUACGCUGCUCCAGUUGUUAGCCACGCUGUUGCCGCCCCAGCUGUUAGCUACGCUGCUCCAGCUGUCAGCUACGCUCGCUACGCCGCUCCAGCUGUCCACGCUGUUGCUGCCCCAGCUGUUAGCUACGCUGCUCCAGCUGUGAGCUACGCUCGCUACGCCGCACCAGCUGUCCACGCUGUUGCUGCUCCAGCUGUCCACCACGUCGCCGCUGCCCCAGCCGUCAGCUACGCCCGCUACGGUCUUGGCUACGGUUAUGGUGCCGGUCUUGGCUACGGUUAUGGUGCCGGUCUUGGCUAUGGCCUUGGUCUGGGAUACGGCUACGGUGCUCGCUACGCUGCUGCCCCAGUUGUCAGCCACGCUGUCGCUGCCCCAGCUGUGACUGUCGCCCGCCCAGCCGUCGCUGCUGUUGCUGCUGCCCCAGCCGUAAGCUACGCUCGCUACGCCGCCCCAGCUGUCCACGCUGUUGCUGCUCCAGCUGUCCACCACGUCGCCGCUGCCCCAGCCGUCAGCUACGCCCGCUACGGUCUUGGCUAUGGUUACGGUGCCGGUCUUGGCUAUGGUUACGGUGCCGGUCUUGGCCUCGGAUACGGCUAUGGUGCUCGCUACGCCGCUGCCCCAGUCGUCAGCCACGCUGUCGCCGCCCCAGCUGUUCACACCGUCGCCCACGCUCCAGUCGUCAGCCACGCUGUCACUGCCACUCACGCAGUUGCUGCCCCAGCUGCUGUUACCUACGGUCACGGUCUUGGCUACGGCCACGGUUUGUCCUACGGUCUCGGCUACGGAGGUCUCGCUUACGGCCACGGUCUUGGCUACGGCUAUGGCCUCGGCGGAUACAACUACGGUCUCGGCGCCCACUACUACGGCCUCCGCAAGAAAAGUGGCUACAACGGCCACUACACCCCAGCAACAUCAUCACCCCUGUUCAUGAAGCUUGGCCUAUGCACCACAUCAGCGUCUCUAGCUGCUGAAGAUGUGCUGGCCAACAAUAUCAAGGUGAUCUUCCUCGGCCUUCUUGCCUCUUCUCUUGCCGGCUACAGCGGCUAUGGUCUCGGCUACGGCUACUCUAACCUCGGCUACGGCUACUCUAACCUCGGCCAUGUACUUGGUGGUGCCGUUGCUGCCCCAGCUGUCUCCAGCUACACUGUAGGCCACGCUGCCCCUGUUGUCAGUCACGCGGUUGCUGCUCCAGCCGUCUCUUACGCUGCUGCUCCAGCCGUCUCUUACGCUGCUGCACCAGCUGUUAGCUACGCUCGUUACGCCGUCGCUCGUCCAGCUGUCACAUACGCCGCUGCUGCUCCUGCUGUUCACACUGUUGCUGCCGCCCCAGCUGUACAGUACGCUGCUGCUCCAGCUGUUCACACCGUUGCUGCACCAGCCGUCAGCUAUGCCCGUUAUGCUGUCGCUCGUCCAGCAGUGACUGUUGCUGCUGCCCCAGCUGUCCAGGCUGUUGCUGCACCAGCCGUCAGCUACGCUCGUUAUGCUGUCGCUCGUCCAGCAGUGACUGUUGCUGCUGCUCCAGCUGUUCACGCCGUUGCUGCACCAGCCGUCAGCUACGCCCGUUAUGCUGCUCCAGCUGUUCACGCUGUUGCUGCACCAGCCGUCAGCUACGCCCGUUAUGCUGCUCCAGCUGUUCACACCGUUGCUGCACCAGCCGUCAGCUACGCCCGUUAUGCUGCUCCAGCUGUUAGCUACGCUGUGUCCCGUCCAGCCGUGACCUACGCCGCUGCCCCAGCUGUUCAGACUGUCAGUCACACCGUGUCAGCUCCAGUCGUCAGCCACGCUGUCUCUGCUCCAGCUGUCGCAUCCUACUCUGUAGCUGCCCCAGUUGCCACUGCUGUCCAUGCCCCAGCUGUUGCAUCCUACUCCGUAGCUGCUCCAGUUGCCACUGCUGUCCACGCUCCAGCUGUUGCCUCCUACUCCGUAGCUGCCCCAGUUGCCGCCGCAGUCCACGCUCCAGCCGUUGCUAGCUAUGGUCUUGGUUAUGGACAUGGCCUUUCCUACGGCCUCGGCUACACUGGUCUUGGCUACACUGGUCUGGGUUACACUGGUGUCAACACCGGAUACGCUCUUGGUGGAUACAACUACGGUCUCGGCGGCCACUACUACGCUCUUCGCAAGAAAUAGACGGUGUGUCCACACAUUAACGAAGAAUGCUGAACUACCACUAAGUCUUCAGAACAUCCAUGACGUACAAGUGAAGUCGUCAUUCUAUUUAUACGACAGGAGAACAUCAAAUAAAACAUCAUUUCUCGAA